UACAAACAGUGUAUUUCAAUUUAACUCUCUUACCAUGAAUUUCAAUUUCAAAAUGAAUUUCUUUCUGCACUCUCUCCUCUCACCGACGGUGAUGAGCCUCCAUCGUUCCUCCAUCAUCGACUUUGCCGCCGCUCUUUGACCUCGUCGACCACUCGAUUCCAGUUCCAAUUCCGAUUUUGAGGUCUCCAUUUUUGCCUUAUCUCACCGCAACCAGUGCUCGCCGCCUCUCUUCUCCUUCUCUUCAAUCGGUUAGCUCCGUUCAAUUAGUUGUCUUUUUUCUUUUGGUUUCUUGUUUCUGUAGUGCAUUUUGCGUUCUUGAGUUCAAAGUGACUGUGUAACGUAUGAUAUUUCAUUGUCCUUUUCCAUUUUUGCUGGGUUCUUGACUUCUUCCACAGAUUGACUGUGUAAUGUAUGUAGUAUGAGCCAGCCACCCCUUUUUUUUGGUUCCUUGUUUCUGUAGUGCAUUUUGCGUUCUUAAGUUCAGAUUGACUGUGUAACGUAUGAUAUUUCAUUGUCUUUUUCCAUUUUUGGUGGGUUCUUGACUUCUCCCACAGAUUGACACUGUAACGUAUGUAGGAUGAGCCAGCCCCCCCUUUUUUAUGGUUCCUUGUUUUUGUUUCUGUAGUGCAUUUUGCGUUGUUGAGUUGAUUUUUUUGGGUUUUUCUCCUUUCUGUAGUAUCAUCACUUGUUUGGGCUCUUGUUUGUGUGGGUGGGUUUUUCUUCCAUCGUCAUACCCAUUUUUCUUUCUGAAAAUUCUCCAGCUUUUU